GGAUGUUAAUUUCCAGCGCAAAGAGGGCAUCGUCCUGCCAUGGUCGUGUGUUUACUUCCUGACAUCGGGACCUUCUCAACAGCUGAAGUUAUCUGGAAGAUGUUCUUUCUUGUUUGUGCGCCGCGCGGUGCGGAUCGCCCCAGGCGGAGAUGCGUCUGUAAGGUUUUCUGACUGCUUCCAUCAAAGUUUCCUCCCCGUUUUGUACCGUCCACCGCCUCAAUCCGCGCCGCUCAGCAUGCUCUGACAGCCCGCAGGCGAUCGUCGUUUCCAGGUAACUUCCACGCCGAGGUUACAGGCUCCUCUAUCCCCGACCCACGUCGCCGCCAAUGCCCGCAGAUCAGCGCGCAGAGAGCGGCGGCGUGUCUGGAACGCAGCGCGCUCCCCUCAUCAUGGAAGCUCCGUCCGCCCGGAGCAGGUCACCAUCAGGGGUGUGGAAGACAUACCUGGGAUUACUGAUGCUGCUGCAUCUGGCGCUCCACGCCGGGGCUUCGUCGGCGCUCAGGUCCUGUGAUAAAAGCUGCUUUUCGGGCAGGUGCGUCAACGGGAGCUGCGUGUGUGACCACGGCUGGGUCGGGGAUCAGUGUCAGCACUGCCAGGGCAGGUUCAAGUUGACAGACCUGUCAGGCUCUCUCACAGAUGGUCCAGUGAACUAUAAGUACAAGACCAAAUGCACUUGGCUAAUAGAAGGAUACCCUAAUGCGGCGCUCAGGCUGCGCUUCAAUCACUUUGCCACGGAGUGCUGCUGGGACCACAUGUACGUCUAUGACGGGGACUCUGUUUAUGCCCCCUUGAUUGCUGUGUUCAGUGGUCUGGUGGUACCGGAGACGAAGGAGAAGGAGACGGCACCCGAGGUGGUGACGACGUCUGGAUACGCCCUGCUCCACUUCUUCAGCGACGCUGCCUACAACCUGACUGGUUUCAACAUCGCCUACUCGAUAAACUCCUGCCCCAACAACUGCUCGGGCCACGGCAGAUGCAGCGCAGGGAACUCUGUGGCGGGUCGCGUGUACUGUGAAUGUGACGAGUACUGGAAAGGAGAGGCCUGCGACAUCCCGUACUGCCGGGACAACUGCGGCAGCCCGGAUCACGGCUACUGCGACCUGACCGGGGAAAAGCUGUGCGUCUGCAACGACAGCUGGCAAGGUCCCGACUGCACCCUCCCCGUUCCCUCCACGGAGGCUUUCUGGAUGCUGCCCAGCAUCAAGCCGUCGGCUCAGUCUCUGGGCCGGGCCUCCCACCGAGCCCUGGUGCAUUCUGGGUUGAUGUGGGUGGUGGGGGGCUACUCCUUCAACUACUCCAACUACCACAUGGUGCUCAACUACAACCCAGACACCAGCGCAUGGGACGUGGUGCCCGUCAGCAGCGGGCCUCUCUACAGAUACGGUCACUCUCUGGCCCUCUACCAGGACGACAUCUACAUGUUUGGUGGAAAGCUGGAGGCAGGACCUGCCAACAUCACAGAUGAGUUGUGGUUGUUUAACAUCCCCACUCGUACCUGGUCACCACGGAAAGCGUCUCCGGCACCUCUUUGUGCUCUGGAGGGCCACACGGCUCACGUGGUGGAGCUGUCCAACGGUGACCCGGUGAUGCUGAUCUUCUUCGGUUACUCGCCCAUCUACAGCUACACCAACAAAGUUCAGGAGUACAACAUCAGGUCAAACUCUUGGCAGGUUGUGUCUGUCGGAGGAGCCGUGGUUCAGGGAGGUUACGGCCACACCAGUGUGUACGAUGAAGCCGGCGGCUGUGUGUACGUCCACGGGGGAUACAAGGCCCUGAGCAACAAUAAAUAUGGCCUGGUGGACCACAUGUACCGGUACAGCGUUGGCACGAGAACAUGGUUGAUUCUCAGGGAGAGUGGUCUGCCGCGGUACCUCCACUCGGCGGUGCUGUUGAGCGGCACAAUGCUGGUGUUUGGAGGAAACACUCACAAUGACACAUCUCUAAGCAACGGAGCCAAGUGCUUUUCGGCUGACUUCCUGGCAUACGAUAUAGCGUGUGAUAGGUGGACAGUCCUUCCUAGACCAGGGCUGCACAGGGACGUCAACCGCUUUGGACACUCUGCUGUGGUUAGCAAUGGCUCCAUGUACGUCUUUGGAGGCUUUUCGGGUCUGCUCCUGAAUGAAGUGCUGGCCUACACCCCCCCGUCCUGCCGAGCCUUCUUAUCCCCGUCUGCGUGUUCAGCGGCUGGGCCUGGAGUUCGCUGCCACUGGGGGAAAAGUAGAUGCCUCCCAUGGGAGUCAAAGCAGCCCGACCCCAUCGUUCCAGCUCCUUUUUGCCCUGCACCACCUGACAGCACUGAUGAACAGUGCAUCCGCUUCUCAGACUGUGCAAGCUGCACGGCCAACACCUGGGGCUGCCAGUGGUGUGAGGACAGGAAGUGCAUCUCCGCCUCCAGCAACUGCACCGUGCUGACUCUGGAGCUGGCCCAGCAGCAUGGCAGCGCUCUGUCUCUGUCUCCUCCUCCAUCCAUGUUGUCUGAACAUCAGCUCAGCUUGUGGAAGCACGGCGCGCGGAGGAAGGGCCAUUCGGUGAGAGACUCAUCCAGGUGCAAGCGCCGGGAGGAGCAGGAGUGUUUGCGGCUGGCCAACUGCCGGAGCUGCUCCCUGAGCAGCAACUGCCAGUGGGAGCUGCAGCAGCAGGAGUGUCAGGCUCUGCCCGGCCAGAUGUGCGGGGACGGCUGGCACCACGUCGGGGAGGUCUGCCUGAGGAUCAACUCCAGCAGGGAGAGCUACGACAACGCCCAGCACUACUGCAAAAACCUGGGAGGAAAUAUAGCCUCUCUGCUCACAGACAAUCAAGUCAGUUUUGUUCUGGAGGAGCUCCAGAAAUUUCAGCUGGAAACUCAGAGGCUAUCGCCGUGGGUGGGCCUCAGGAAAAUCAACGUGUCCUACUGGGGCUGGGAGGACGCGUCCCCAUUCAGCAACACCACCCUGAAAUGGUUGCCCGGAGAGCCCAGCGACUCGGGCUUCUGCGCCUACUUGGAGAGAGCGGAGACGGCCGGACUUAAAGCCAAUCCCUGCACCGCCACCACCGACGGCCUGAUCUGUGAAAAACCCGCCGGGAGUCCACAGAGUCCAAACGCUCGUCCGUGCAAGACGCCCUGCGCGCUGCGGACCAGCUGUGCCAACUGCACCAGCCAAGCCAUGGAGUGCAUGUGGUGUGGAAGCACCCGGCGGUGCGUGGACUCCUCCGCGUACGUCAUCUCCUUCCCGUACGGUCAGUGUAUGGAGUGGCAGACCCAAGAGUGUUCCGCCCAGAACUGUUCCGCCGUCAGGACCUGCGCCGAGUGUCUGGAGAGAGUGGAGUGUGGCUGGUGUGGCGAUCCCAGCAACACAGGAAGAGGCGUGUGCAUGGAAGGCUCCUACCGGGGGCCCCUGAAGCCCGCAAACACCAGGUCUGGACCCAGAGUGCGAGACAGGGACAUGGUGGUGGAUCAGAAUCUCUGCACAUCGGACAGAGGCUACAACUGGGCCUUCAUCGAAUGCCCUGCGUGUCAGUGUAACGGCCACAGCAGGUGUGUGAACAGCAGUGUGUGUGAGCACUGUGGGAACCUGACAGCGGGGACGCACUGUCAGACCUGCAUGCCCGGUUAUUACGGAGACCCCACCAACGGAGGGAAGUGUAACGCCUGCAAGUGUAACAGCCACGCCAGUUUGUGCCACGUCGGCUCCGGAAAAUGCUUCUGUACCACGAAGGGCGUCAAGGGAGACCAGUGUCAGCUAUGUGACUCAGAAAACCGAUACCUUGGUAACCCCCUCCGUGGAACCUGUUACUACAACCUGCUGAUUGACUACCAGUUUACCUUCAGCCUGCUCCAGGAGGAUGACCGUCAUUACACCGCCAUCAACUUUAUGGCCACUCCAGAACAGGCCAACAAAAACCUUGACAUGUCCAUCAACGCCUCAAAUAACUUCAACCUCAACAUCACCUGGUCCUUCAGCUCAACAGCUGGCACCAUAUCUGGCGAAGAGAUGUCCAUCAUAGCGAGGACCAACAUCAAGGAGCACAGGGACAGCUUCUCAUGCGAAAAGUUCAAUUUCAGGCUUCACCACAACAUCACCUUUUACGUGUAUCUGUCCAACUUCAGCUGGCCGAUCAAGAUCCAGAUCGCCUUCUCUCAGCACAACAGCAUCAUGGACCUGGUCCAGUUCUUUGUCACCUUCUUUAGCUGUUUCCUGUCGCUGUUACUGGUGGCCGCUGUGGUUUGGAAAAUCAAACAGACCUGCUGGGCUUCCCGACGUAGAGAGCAGCUGAUUAGAGAACGGCAGCAGAUGGCCAGUCGUCCCUUCGCUUCGGUUGCUGUGGCGCUGGAGGUGGGCGGUGACCAGGAGGAGCUGCAACAGGCAGUGCCGAAGUCCAUCGCCAUGGAGCCGUGCUGGGGGAGCCGAGCAGGAGUCCUCACUGUUCUACUGAAUCUCCCAAGACUCCCAUCUGGAAUACCUCCACCUGGACAGUCUGGUAUUGCCAUAGCGAGUGCCCUGGUGGAUACAUCUCAGCAGCGGGUAGUGGACUUUAAAGAACGAGGCCUCGGUCUGAAACAUCGCAAACACAUCAUACACCAUCAGGGUACCUGUGUAUGAAAGAGGUGACCCCCCCCCCCACCACCACCACCACC